UUGCACAAUAUAUUUCCAGUUGUAAUGUGAUGAAAAAUUCAAAAUGACAUUUCGCUUUCCCAGUCUUGUUCCCGGUGCAAUAGAUCCUCUUUGGUUUACAGUAGAUCGUCCAUGUGAUGACGAAAACGAGCUAGAACAGCUGGAGAAGGAGCACGAUCUUUGGCUCGAAAGCAUAGCCAAAAAGGACAACAAUAUAGUGCCGGUUGGGAAAACAGCUUCUGAGCAUUUAGAAGAUGAUGAAGAAGACGAGGAUGAUGAAGAGGGUGAUGAUGAUGAUGAAAGUGACACUAAUGAUGAUGAAUUAGAUACAGACAUGUUAGAUGAACGCGAUUCUGGAGAUGAUGCUGGUUGAUAAAUCAGUUAUAUUGAUUUAUUGUAUUUGUGAAAGACAGGGAUAGAAAGUUUGGUUUGAUAUACUGUACAAAAUCACAUCUGUCAAUACCUUGUGUUGUUGAGUGUCAGAAAUUGCUGGUCUCAUGCUUGUAAGCUACAUCAUCUGUUCAUUUUAUAAUGAAUAAAUUUGUUAACUAUGUUACACUAUUCGAGUAACUGCUUUUCUUUCACAAGUUUGUUUACAUAAAAAAUUGCAUGUAGUGUUAUUUUAAAAGUGAAUAGUAUACAUUUUAUUACUGCAAAGUUUAUGCAUGUUAUUUAAAACUUUCAAGCCUGCCUGUAUUUGCAUUUUUGCAUAGAUCUAAAAAAAAAUUUUGCUCUUGCUUUAUGCAGCAUCUGAGUAGAUUUUAUUUUAUUUUUAAUUCGAUUUUAAUUACCAGAAGAUGUCAGGCAUUGUAGUUCAUAUAAAUUAUAACAGGUUUUAAUGAAAUUUCAACGGCAAGUUUUCAGAAACGUGACAUUAAAUUUUAAGUAUCGGUAAAUGUACAUGCACAGAAAAGUUUAUACAUGUAUGGACAUUUCUGGCAUACAGAAAAUGAGUAGGCCUUGACCAUGCUGACAUUGCUCUCAAAUGAAAUGUCAAUUCUUUUGUAUUUGAUGGUAUUUUAAAGUUUAAACAAGUUUUAAUAUUUUUUCUUUGUGGUACAGAUGAUCAUUUUAUAAAAUAGGAAGGCAAUGGUCAGUGAAUAAUUUUUGAUUUGUUUUUUUUCAAAUUGCAUUGUAACCAUAAUUGGCUCCAUUUUGACUUUUUUGGUUAAGCUCAUCGUUUUGCUGCAAAAUUUCUUCAUUUUGUUUAAUAGUUCAUUGGGAAAAUCAAACAACUAUAACAGGCAUCAGUUAACAUACAAGUUAGCACAGUUCAUUGUUUUGUCUAGCAUUUAAUCACACCAUGUAAUAAUAACACCUAAACAAGAAAAAGAUCUUAUGAAAACUUUAUUAAAGAAUCUAUUUCAUAAAACAACAUAAUUCUAAACAGAUGUAUUUUAUUAUCAACAAAACUGUUCUUUAAAGAUUGUAAAUACAUUUUAUCUCCUAAAUUAUUAACACUGUGCUUCAAUCAUUCUGUGGAGGCAAGGAUGAUGAAAAAUAGUAAGAGCUACCAUAGUGCAGCUACACAGAACACUCUAUAUAUCGGUAGAUAAACCACCUCUGAGACAAUACAGUGAAAGUGCAUUUGAAAUACUGUGUAUUCUUUGCUACAGAAAAGAUAAAGAUCACAAUACAUAUACAUUUAUUCUUAAUAGGAAAAAAAUGAGCUCUAUCAAAGAACCUGAUGGACUUGAGUAUUUGGUCUAAUACAUGCAAUUCUAGAGAAAGUUAUUUAAAAUAAAUGUAUAUCUACAUAAAUCUUUGUUAAAGCCAAAAACCAUGUGGUAUAUGAUGCUACCACAAAAAUAUUUAGUUUUGAAACAUUUUUGGUGCAUAUAAUCAAGGUAAACAGUUGUGACUUUGAAUUUGAUUUGGUUGGGGUGCCUUAAACUUCUUUUGCAGUAAGAUAUAAUUACUUAAGCCAAGUUUGACUAGCUUUUUCAAAAGUAUGUGUUUAAACGCUAUUGACACUUUGAUUAAAAUUACAUUGCAAUGCCUCUUUAAUGACUAAAGCAGUAAGAUAUCAUCUUUACAGAAUUUAAAUGCUUAGACUGCUCUGGACAAGAAGUGAGCAACUCUUCCCCCAAUAGGCAAGAGUAAGCAUGGCAUAUACAUGUAUAAAUGUCUGUAAUUUUAACAAAAACUUUGUAAUACUAUAUAUUAACAACUCUCAGCAGAAAAGAGAUAAAUGGCUUUUAAAAUAAAAAAUUUCAU